AUGUUCCGCCAGAACAACACUGCUGACUUCUCGACUUUCGUGUCGCUGAUCCAUCUCUGGAAAACGCAGAAUGUCGGACAUCUUGAGAUGCGCCUCAACGCUAUGAAGCUGCUACCCUUCUUUUUCGCGGUUCUACCUUCAUCGACGCAGUUUCAUAACAUUGAUGCGACGCCGUUGAUCGAACAUCUCAAGCACGUAACGACGUCAACACAAACAGCCAGCGAAGACCGGUAUAAGUGCGAUCCGAGCUGGGAGUGGAUUGAGGGCUCAGAAUCACGGCUGCUAUGCGCGACUAUCAGCUCUCAUUUCUCCUCUAUGUUCGAAGAUGGGAUGUUUUCAUUGGGUUGCGCGAAGUAUAGUAUCUCAUGGUCUGGUAUGUGUGCUGCGUCAAGUUUGUACAUGCAUAACGUUCUUGAGCUUUGGGACGGCGGAGAACCCAUGAACUCCGGUCUAUUACGGAGGUUCCUCUGCAUCAUGAAGCGAGAUCUCGAGCAGACUAUGGAUACUCUGGGAUCAAGCGAUGCGUCUGACUUUUGGUUAUGGAGAGCCUUUCUGGGCAUGUACAGCAUCACGAAACAUCAGGCCUGCGCCCAUGAUCCGACGUUGGAUGAUAUAGCUGAUGUUUAUCAUGGCUUUGUGGAGACAUGGAAGAUGGUCACGGGUAUAACGCUUUGGGAAGACGUUCACCAACGGCUGAUCUCUAUAGCAUGGCGUGAUCGUCAGGGUCAUGAACUGGAGCCGAGCGUGUGGGGAAGAGCACUUGAGUGUGAACCAUCUGACAUGUGGUUCUAUGCGGAGUAG